AACAAAAACGCCGUCGUGUGACAUCCUACUAACCCAUGGUCAUCUCGAGAUAUGGUAAGCGAACGUGAAGAAGAAAGUGAAAUGAAAUCAGCAAUAUCAACACUGUUAAACACCAAAAAUUUCAAUCUCCACCAUUGCUAUCAUUAUUCUCUUUUCUCUCCCUCCUCCAAACCCAUCACCAACAAUUGUAAUUUCCACAAUUUCUCAAAACACUUCAAAAUCAACACUUCAAUUCGUCCAAUAAUGUCAGCCUCUUUCAAUCCAGAGCAAGCCAGAUCCCCUCCGGCUCUCCCUUUGCCGACUCCUCCACUCACCAAGUUCAAAAUUGGACUCUGCCAAUUACUCGUUACACCUGAUAAAGCUAAAAACAUCGCACACGCUCGCAAAGCAAUCGAGGAAGCUGCUGCAAAGGGUGCUAAGCUUGUUCUCUUACCAGAAAUAUGGAAUAGUCCGUAUUCAAAUGAUAGUUUCCCAGUUUAUGCUGAGGAUAUAGAUGCUGGACACGUGGCAUCACCUUCAACAGCUAUGCUUUCUCAACUUGCUCGUCUUUUAAACAUCACUAUAGUUGGUGGUUCUAUACCUGAACGUUCUGGCGAUCGCUUGUAUAAUACUUGCUGUGUUUUUGAUACUCAAGGAAACUUGAUUGCCAAGCACCGUAAGAUUCAUCUUUUUGAUAUUGAUAUUCCUGGGAAGAUUACAUUCAUUGAAUCCAAAACUUUAACUGCUGGGGAGACUCCUACCAUUGUCGACACAGAAGUUGGUCGGAUAGGUAUAGGUAUCUGUUAUGACAUUAGAUUUCAGGAACUGGCAGUGUUAUAUGCAGCAAGAGGUGCUCACUUGAUUUGCUACCCUGGGGCGUUUAACAUGACAACUGGGCCGUUACACUGGGAGUUGCUGCAAAGAGCAAGGGCAGCAGAUAAUCAGUUGUAUGUGGCAACUUGUUCGCCUGCUCGAGAUGUUGGAGCUGGAUAUGUGGCUUGGGGCCAUUCCACUCUAGUAGGACCGUUUGGAGAAAUUCUGGCUACUACUGAGCAUGAGCAGGAUAUAAUCAUAGCAGAGAUUGAUUAUUCAUUAAUUGAGCUGAGAAGGACAAACCUUCCGCUGACAAAGCAACGACGCGGUGAUCUCUACCAGUUAGUGGACAUCCAGAGGCUGAACUCUCAAUCAUGAUGAGACUGCAGCAGUUCUUUUCGCUGAGAAAGCAAUUAUCUGUUGGAAAUGAUUGGUCCUCGGCAAUGUUAUGUGAAAACUGCGAUUGAGUGGCGCAGAGAAGUUAAUCACUCAAAGUUGGAAAUACUUGCCAGAAACUCAUAUUUGCCGAGGAAGACAACAUUCGUGCAUUUGCUUGGUGUUUAAUGUUGAUGACUGUCAAAAACUUUUGCAGACUCUGCUACUCUGAUCUUUCAUCCUAAGAAAUUUCCAAGCUUGUGUGAAGUAUAAAAACUCAUUAAAAAGAAUUUGUCGCCAUUAGACAAGGACCUGUCCAGUCCAACCCAAUUAUAAAAAAUCUAGGCUUUGGUCAAAAGUUUUCUGUACGGCUCUGGUCUAAUUCUAAAGUAAGUUCAAGGAUUAAAUUCA